AUGAUCGGCUUCACCGUUCAGCUCCUGGGCAUCUCCCUUCCGAAGAGCCCCCUCCCCUCCUGCCAGCCGCGGCGACACCUGGUCUUCCUGAAGACCCAUAAGACCGCCAGCAGCACCCUGGUCAACAUCCUGCACCGCUUUGGGGACACCAGAUCGCUACGCUUCGCCCUGCCAGCUGGCUACCAGUUCAACUACCCCAGGCUUUUCCAGGCACGGCGUGUAAAAGGGUGGCACCCCGAGGGGCCCCCAUUCGACAUCCUUUGCCACCACAUGCGCUUCAACUUGCUUGAGGUCCAGAAGGUGAUGCCCACGGACAGUUUCUACUUCUCCAUAGUGCGGGACCCGGCUUCCUUGGCUGAAUCGGCUUUCUCCUAUUACCGGGGUGUGGUCCCCGCCUUCCGCCGGGCUCGCUCACUGCCGGAGUUCCUGGCUUCCCCACAGAACUUCUACCGGCCCGGGGAGCGUGGCAGCCACUAUGCCCGCAACCUGCUCUGGUUUGACUUUGGCCUUGAUCCACCAGCAAGCCCCGUCUUAGCCACCAUCCACGCUGCUCUGCUGGGCCUGGAUCGUAUUUUCCACCUGGUGCUGCUAACGGAAUACAUGGAUGAGUCGCUGGUGCUGCUCCGUGACGCCCUCUGCUGGGGCUUUGAGGAUGUGGUGGCUUUCCAGCACAACCUGCGCAAUCCAGAGGCUGUUCACCCGCUGGGCCGCGGCGAUGCAGCUCAGCUCCGUGCCUGGAAUCACCUGGACUGGCACCUCUACACUCACUUCAACCGCACUUUCUGGGCAUGCGUGAAACACUUUGGCACCGCCCGCAUGGCUGGGGAAGUGGCCGUUCUCCGAAAGCAGCGGGCAGAAUUUAUGCGGCGCUGUUUGCAGGGGGGGGGACCGCUGGAGCCAGGCCACAUUGCUGACGAGCACAUCCGCCCCUUCCAGUUUGGGCAGGUGCCAAUCCUUGGUUAUGCCCUACAGCCCAGCCUGGCAUCUGGCCUACAGGUCGUGUGUCAGCAGAUGGUUACUCCCGAACUGCAGUACAAGGACCUCCUCGAUGCCAAGCAGUUUCCCCACCCCCACAAGAGGGGCAAUCCCAGAGGGGGAGGGGGAGGCACUCACAAUAGCUCUUGGCAGAACCCGUCUGAUUAA